GGCGACUGAAAAGAGCACGAGUCUACUCGAUCGGUCACAACCGCAUCAGGUCGUGCUGUGUCCCGCCGUAUGCGUUGCAGUGCGCGUUCCACUUAGCGUCGAGCAGCGAUCCGCAGGACCCAGGCAUCGGUCAGAGUUCGUCAGUGAGACUCCCUUUCUCUUCCACUCGUCCUUCCACUCGUGCGUCGAUUCCGUUCCAACCGGGGUUCUACAUUGAAUUUAUACGCGGUCGACACGUGAUCUUUUCUCUCCCCGUCGCUCUUUUACGACAACCUUCAGGAUGAAUCGCAUAAUGAAGAUUCUCAGGAGCAAGGAAACUCGCGAUUACUUUAUGAGCACGCACUUUUGGGGACCAGUUGCUAAUUGGGCAAUACCUAUCGCUGCUAUCUCCGAUAUCCGCAGAGACCCCAAGUUCAUCAGCGGUAAAAUGACCUUUGCCUUAUGCUUAUACUCAGCAAUGUUUAUGAGAUUUGCAAUCAGAGUGCAGCCACGCAACAUGCUUCUAUUCGCCUGCCACUUUGUCAAUGAGGGUGCACAAAUUACGCAAGGUUGUAGAUUUAUAAAUUAUCAUUAUCUCGGCAAGGAACAGCAGUAGGCCAAAAAAUAGAUGAAAUUUGUUUGCCAAA